AUGGAGACAAACUUGCGGAAUCGCAAUGCGGAAAAUGAGGGAACGGAGAUGAACAACAACACAAAAAUGCCCAAGGAUCCACGGAAGAUGACAUUUAAGACGAAGGAGUUUCGAAUAAGGGAAUCGUUGCUAACGACCCUUUUCCAUGAAUCUGAAAUUGGUGUCGUCUAUAAUCUUCUUGCUGCCGUAUUCGUUCUGUUCUUUCUCAGAGCCCUCAUAGAUGACAUUUUUGCUCAUGGGAUGCCAUUCUAUCAUUUCUGGUUGAUUGGCUGGAAUUUCCAAUACUUCCCGGCUACGAUGUUCGUCUGGUCGUUAAUGUUCCUCUCGACAUUCAUACCUUAUGCUGGUUUGAAAAUUUGGGCUCACGCUCCAGCGAAGGUGGUGAACCUCAGAUCUGAGCUUCCUAUACUAUCUCUCUACGUGUUCUACCUCACUGGAUUCUUCUAUUUUCCCCUGAAAUUUUUGUUUACAUGGCAGUUGAAUUGUGCUUGUUCCUUUAUAAUUACUUGCGAAACGACCCGAAUUGCAAUGAAACUACAUUCAUUUAUUAGAGAGAAUGUUCCCAGGGGGAUUGCGAAGAAAACCAGUGGAGAAAUUGUAGAGCCAGGAACCACGACACAAUGGCCCACUGUGGAACAAUAUGUAUACUUCAUGUUCUGUCCAUCGUUUAUCUACAGAGACGAAUAUCCAAGAACUCAGACCAGAUGCGUAAAGAAAGCUGGAAUCCACUUUCUGCAUUGUUUUAUUCUUAUAGAAUAUGUGAAUUUAGUAUUUACACAGUAUGUUUUCCCGUGGAUGGACGCUUUGGACUACCCCUCCCAAUCAAUCACCACAAUUGUCAUUUCGCUUUUCGCUGGCAUCGUACCGGGAAUGCUUUGCCUCAUCUCUUUAUUCUAUGGCCUCCUUCACUCCUGGCUUAAUGGAUUUGCUGAAAUGAUGCGUUUCGCCGAUAGGCAGUUCUACUUAAACUGGUGGAACGCUGACAAUAUGGCUGAAUACUACCGCAACUGGAAUUUAGUCGUACAUGACUGGCUGUACGCCUACGUAUACAGGGAUCUGUCAAAGUUAAUCGGCGGACGAAAAGGUUUACAAAUUGCCCAGUUAGGAGUUUUUUUCCUUUCUGCAGUUUUCCAUGAAUACUGGUUUGGGAUCGCAUUUCGGAUCUUGUACCCAGUAAUGUUCAUGUUGUAUUUUGUAUUCGGAGGAAUUUUCUUCUCUGUAUCAAAGUUGAUCAAGAAUAAAUCAGUCUGGAAUACUGUUCUAUGGUUCAAUUUACUAAUAGGUACUGGAAUGUUCAUCGCGUUCUAUGGUCAGGAAUGGUAUGCACGUACAAGAUGUGCAUCCUAUAGUAAUCCAAUCGUUGAUUUCUUCCUACCAAGGCACUGGGCAUGUCGACGGAUAUAG